AUGAGCGGCCACCCCGUGAAGGAGAUGCCUGACACCCACAGCAGCCCUCUCCUGGCAGAUCCUCUUUCCAACAGCUCACCCUCAAGCCCCCAGGAUAUGCAUCCAGCCCUGCCCCUCCUGGAAAUGCCUGAAGAAAAGGAUCUCCAGUCAUCCAAUGAAGAUAGCCACAUUGUGAAAAUUGAAAAAACCAAUGAAAGGAGUAAAAGGAGAGAAAAUGAGGUGGCCCAUCGGGGCUCUGCAGGCCGUGUGGGCAUCAGCCUCUUCCGAGCAGUGGGCUACCUCACAGGCGAGAUGAAGGAGUGCAGGAACUGGCUGAAAGAUAAGCCCCUGGUCGUCCAGUUCACAGACUGGGUCCUUAGGGGGACUGCUCAGGUGAUGUUCGUCAACAACCCUCUCAGCGGCCUCAUCAUCAUCAUAGGGCUCCUGAUCCAGAACCCCUGGUGGACAAUUGCUGGGAUCCUGGGGACAGUGGUCUCCACCUUAACUGCCCUCGCCUUGAGCCAGGACAGGUCCACCAUCGCCUCGGGACUCCACGGGUACAACGGGAUGCUGGUAGGCGUGCUGAUAGCCGUGUUCUCCGAGAAGUUAGACUACUACUGGUGGCUUCUGCUUCCCGUGACCUUCACCACCAUGGCCUGCCCUGUUCUUUCUAGUGCCUUGAAUUCCAUCUUCAGCAAGUGGGACCUCCCGGUCUUCACAUUGCCCUUCAACAUCGUUUUGACCCUGUAUCUGGCAGCCACCAGCCACUACAACCUCUUCUUCCCCACGACACUGGUGGAACCCAUUUCUUCAGUACCCAACAUUACCUGGACAGACAUUGAAAUGCCCUUGCUGUUACAAGCCAUCCCCGUCGGGGUCGGCCAGGUGUACGGCUGUGACAAUCCCUGGACAGGCGGCGUGUUCCUGGUGGCCCUGUUCAUCUCCUCGCCUCUCAUCUGCCUACACGCAGCCAUUGGCUCAAUCGUGGGGCUGCUCGCAGCCCUGACGGUGGCCACGCCCUUUGAGACGAUCUACAUGGGUCUCUGCAGCUACAACUGCGUGCUGUCCUGCAUCGCCAUCGGAGGCAUGUUCUAUGCCCUCACCUGGCAGACACACCUGCUGGCCCUCUUCUGCGCCCUGUUCUGUGCGUACAUGGGAGCAGCCCUCUCCAACAUUAUGGCGGUGAUCGGUGUGCCGCUGGGCACCUGGGCCUUCUGCCUCUCCACCCUCCUCUUCCUGCUCCUGACCACCAACAACCCCGCCAUCCACAAGCUCCCGCUCAGCAAAGUCACCUACCCAGAGGCCAACCGCGUCUACUACCUGAUGGGGAAAAGCAGCGAAGCAGAGAAGUCCCCCAGUGGCGGUGGUGGGGAGCAGCCCCCCGCAGGGGCCCCGCAGGCCGAGGAGGGCUCGGAGGCGCUGCUCCCCCGGCGCAGGAGCGUGUUCCACAUUGAGUGGUCACCUGUUCACAGAAGGAGCAAAGUGUUUGAAAAAGGCGAAUCCCAGGAGAGACAAGCUAAAGAUCCCUUUCCCUAUCAAUACCGGAAGCCCACACUUGAGCUGCUUGAUCUGGACACCAUGGAGGAGAGCUCUGAGAUAAAGGUGGAGGAAAAUGUUUCCAAGACUUCCUGGAUCCGGAGUUCCAUGGCGGGCAGCUGGAAAAGGAUCAGUAAAGCCCUCAAUUACAUCACAGGAGAAAUGAAGGAGUGUGGAGAGGGACUUAAAGACAAAUCUCCAGUGUUCCAGUUUCUUGACUGGGUUCUCCGUGGCACGUCUCAGGUGAUGUUUGUGAACAACCCCCUCAGCGGCAUCCUCAUUGUCCUUGGCCUCUUCAUCCAGAACCCCUGGUGGGCCAUCUCGGGUUGCCUGGGAACCAUCGUUUCCACUUUGACAGCCCUCAUCCUCAGUCAGGACAAGUCCACCAUCGCGGCCGGACUCCACGGCUACAACGGGGUGCUGGUGGGGCUGCUCAUGGCCGUGUUCUCUGACAGAGGCGACUACUACUGGUGGCUUUUGCUGCCCGUCAUCAUUAUGUCCAUGUCUUGCCCCAUCCUCUCCAGUGCCCUGAGCACCAUCCUCAGCAAGUGGGACCUCCCAGUCUUCACGCUGCCCUUCAACAUCGCUGUGACCUUGUACCUGGCAGCCACAGGCCACUACAACCUCUUCUUCCCCACGACGCUGCUGCAGCCUGCAUCCUCCGCGCCCAACAUCACCUGGUCGGAGAUCCAAGUGCCUCUGCUUUUGAGAGCCAUCCCUGUGGGAAUCGGCCAAGUGUAUGGCUGUGAUAAUCCCUGGACCGGAGGCAUUUUCCUCGUGGCUUUGUUCAUAUCCUCACCUCUUAUUUGCUUGCAUGCAGCGAUUGGAUCCACCUUGGGGAUGCUAGCAGCUCUCACGCUGGCCACACCCUUUGAUUCCGUCUACGUGGGCCUGUGUGGAUUCAACAGCACUCUGGCCUGCAUCGCCAUAGGAGGCAUGUUCUACAGCAUCACCUGGCAGACACACCUCCUCGCCAUCACCUGCGCACUGUUUGCCGCCUACCUGGGUGCUGCCCUGUCAAAUACGUUAUCUGUGUUUGGAUUACCAACCUGCACCUGGCCUUUCUGCCUCUCGGCGCUCACCUUCCUGCUCCUGACCACCAACAAUCCUGCCAUCUACAAGCUCCCGCUCAGCAAAGUCUCCUACCCAGAGGCCAACCGCAUCUACUACCUGUCCCAGGAGAGAAGCAGAAGGGCAUCCUCCAUAACCAAGUACCAGGCCUAUGAUGUCUCCUAA